AUGAAUGCACCAGAUUCAAAUAAAUUAUCCGAUAAUUCAGGUUUAAAAUCUUCUUUAUUAGGUUCUUCUAAACUAUCUUUUGAUAAUAUUAAACCCUCGGCUUCAGUUUUUAAAAAAUAUGAAGUUACAGAAGAACCUGAAUUUGAUGAUACAAUCAAACAAGCUGAAGAAGUGCCUAAACCUAUAUCGCAACCAAUAGUGAAGAAAUUUGUAUUUGGUCAGUCACUUUUUAAAGCAAGACAUGAAAAAAAAGUUGGAGAAGAGAAGAAAGAUAAUAUAUGUUUAGAGUCUAAGAGCGAUUGCAAACCUAUUUUCGGAGAGACAUGUAUUCCUGAUAUUAGUAAAGAGUUAGGAAUUGAUAAUCCUGGAAUAUCAGCCUCCAGUUUUUUAAAAAGCUUUGCAGAUAAGAAAGAGAAGAUUUCAUCUAAAAAUGAAAGUGAAGAAAAUUUAUCUAAUGAGGACAAGACAAAUGAAGUAGAUUUUGAUAAAUUGGAAAGUUCUUCAUACAAGUUAAAAGAUAAAAAUAAUACUCCUUUAGAACCUGUAGAAAUUAAAACUGGUGAAGAAGAUGAAUGCAAAAUUUUUAAUAUGCUUUUUACAAAAAUUUUUCAAUUUGACAGAGUUUCAAAGUCUUGGAAUGAAAAAGGUGGAGGUGAAUUGAGAAUAAACAAAUCUUUUAAAGAAGAAGGUAAAGAAAUAGCUAGAAUUAUAACACGAAUUGGAGCUAAUAGACGAGUUAUUAUAAAUUCACCACCAUUUGAAGGUAUGUAUUGUGAAAUGGUUACUAAAACGAGAGUCAAAUUUACUGCUCAAACUCCCGAUUCAAGUAUUCCGGGUUUAUUUUUAAUCAACGCAACGACGUCUAUCAUUUCAAGUUUUUGUACUAAUAUGGAAAAUGAAUUUAACGUAAAUGUCAUAUAUCCUAGUGAUGAAAGCAUAUCAAAUGAAAGGAAAAGACCAGCAGAUAGUGACGUCGAAACUGAUAACAACAUAAAGAAUAAAAAAUCACUUUAA